ACCCUUCUUGGUUGAGAAAAAAAAGUUGCCUUGGAGCGAUGAAAAAAUAAGUCGGUGAAGACGAGGAAAAAAUGAAGACAUCGCCAAGAAAAACCCAGUAACUUAGAUAUCACAAAAUCUGUUAUUUAAUGCUCCUGCAGAGAUAUGUAGAUGAAUCAAUCUAGAGAUAAUGAAAGUUAGACAAGCGUGUUGAAGUUUGACGGGAUAGUUGAUAAUCGAGCUCAUAUUUUUUCUUCUUCUGGAGUCAAAGUUGGCAUCGAUAACCUAAUUUACUUGAGGCGGGUGCGGAAGGCUUUUCACCCGACAAAAAUUAUGAGAGAUAGGCCGAUAAACCGUUAGAUUUUUAACAAUAAUACUUUAUUUCUAUUUUACCGGGUUAUGUAGCGAUUUAUACAUUUUAGGAGCAGUGAUACGAAACUCUAUUGGGGUUAGACUACUUUUGUUUAUAGUUUACAACACUGGGCCAGACUAAAACCGUAAGCUUUUCAAUGUUAUGAAAUAGUACCAGAAAACGAACUAUACAUUUUUAUAUUUGAGAUAUUUAUAACCUAUCGUAGGUAAUUCAAGUUAAAUAUAUUGGCGUAACACCGAGGUAAAAACCCAACUCUGCUUCCUUCUCGGAUUUUUCUUUGAGCUACUUUGAUAAAAGUCGUUUGCUCAAUCGUUGAAGUGGACUUUCAUUUUUUCCCUGCGGAUUACAAAAUUACACGUCAUCAAUAGAUCAUAUCAGCUAGUCAGUUUUAUCAUUUUGUUUUUCAAAAAAUAGACAACCGUUAAGUAUUUUACGAAACUAAUAAUGUCUGCUGAGGAGGAGAGAUUCAAACUGGUCGUCGUGGGCGGGGGCGGUGUGGGGAAAAGCGCCUUGACCAUACAAUUCAUUCAGUCAUACUUUGUAUCGGAUUAUGAUCCCACCAUCGAGGACUCCUACACCAAAAUAUGCAUAGUGGAUGGGAAAGAGACACGAUUAGACAUCUUGGACACAGCAGGUCAGGAGGAGUUUGGGGCAAUGAGGGAGCAGUACAUGCGCUCAGGAGAAGGCUUCUUGCUGGUGUUCGCUCUGAAUGACACUGGCAGUUACAAUGAGAUCCACAAGUUCCACACCCAGAUACUGAGAGUGAAGGACCGGGAUGACUUCCCCAUGGUGCUGGUGGGGAACAAGGCUGACCUGGACCAGUCGAGAGUGAUCUCCAGAGAGGAGGCCCAGGGCUUUGCCAGAGAGAACAGGAUCCAUUACAUGGAGGCCUCGGCUAAGAACCGCCACAAUGUAGACGAAGCCUUCCUGGAGGUCGUGCGAGCUAUAAGAAAGUUUCAGGAGACUGAGAGUCCCCCUCUACCUGCAAACCACACAGGAAAACGGAAGAGCGGUGGCUGCCCCUGCACCCUCCUUUAACUGCUCCCUCCCAUGGCAUAGCACUUGUCACAGAGACCAAAACCCUCACACCUCACCACUGAUGCAAGUCUUGUCUGACUUACCUGGAGGGAAAUGGGAAGAUUUGGCAAGGGAGGGGAGAGAUAUACACUUGGAAAUGCAAAAAACUGUAUGGUGAGGUUUGGGGAAUUGGGCAGGGAUGUGUGUGGGAGAGGUUGCUUACGGCAAUGGUGGGUAAAGUGGUGGAGUGAUACAUUUUUUAAAAUGGUUUCAUUCACACUUAGAAAUUAGCAUCUUCAAACUUUUUUUAUAUAUAUUUUUUUUGUAUUUGCGGUAUUGUUAUUUCAUUAUUGAGGAUGUAAAGGGAGAGGCCUUGGGCUAGAUGAGAAGAGAGCGAGAGUCUACAGACUGAAGAAAGAAAGAGUAGGGAUGGUAAAGAGUGCGAUCUCACAGAUACUGUGUUUUGGGUAGCUUCCUACAUUGGGUCAACCUGAUGGAAGUCACUGAUUUGACAUUGCUGGAAGGAACGGAUAAUUUAGGUACUAGAGGGCGCUAUCAUUCAUUCCUACAACAGAAAAUGAAAGGAGCCCAGUUAAACUGAAUCGACAAAUUAGAUUUUUAAAAGACUGCAUGGAAAGAGUGAGAGCUGAGGCAGAAUGAAACGAUGUGUUUGAAAGACUGGUACUUUUUCACAGUGUAGUAUCCAUGACCACAGAAUAUAUACUUUUUUUUGCACAACUUCAACAUAUGAACUGGUAGGCAAAAGUAGUUUGACACUAAAGUGCUAUUGUUUAUUUUAAAAUGACUGGGUGGAUGUUUAGGCAUGUCCAGGUACUUUUGUCUAUGCAUACAGGUGUAGGUCAUUUUUAUUGUUAUGCUCUUUGCAAAUGUUUAAAUGUCACACCGCUACCAACCAUGUACAUCAAGGAGUUUGUUUUUGAAUUGUAUUAAAUGAAUGAGUCUCAGCUAAUGAAGAUCUGUUGAAAAGCUUCAGACAAGGCAUCAACUGUCGACAACUGUUGAUGAAAAACAGAAAGUUAGAUAACAUGGGUAAGUUGACAUAUGAAUACAUCCCAAGAUUUACGCCCAUUGGUUGAGAGAGAUGAGUGAUAAUUGCAAGAGUUAGCCCAUAGGCUGAACAGCAAGCAUGCGGAAUGGGUAUUGUGCGGUGCUUUUAUAAGCUAUACGGUAAAUGGGUGAAUUAUAUUCCGGACGUGGCUAAUAGGAAAGAAGACGAUAUGCUGAUGAUAAUACGUUCGUGUUCAUUCCCACUAUGCCCAUGCAAUAGGAAGCUAAGUAAAUUGUGUUAUGCUUACUUGAAGUUAACCGAGCAGUCAGACCAGCCUUCCUGAUUUAACUUCCGUAACCUACAUUUGUCUGUCAUGAAAUAACUUGUUUGUUUAGAGAGGAUAUGUAGCACUGGUCUUGCAAACCUUCAUAUAGAUGUAAUUAACAUAUGAUUAACAGUUAGCCUUAUUCCCUGGGCGAUAUUUCACACAAAGCAGGAUAGCCAACUAACGUUAUGAAAGAUUCUGAAUCUGCACCAAAUUUGUGAAUUGAAUCCGACUCAAAACUCUGACCCUAAAAAUAUUUGCGAUGUUUUGAUUAAUAAUUUGAGUUAUUGAUGAUUGGUUCUCAAAGCUGGCUAUCUUAUUUUCUUUGUGAAAUAGAACCGUGUUGGAUCCACAUUUGUCCCACAUUGUUCUUUGCCUAAUUAUAAAAUAAUGCAUUGACUCAGUGCUAUUAAUGCAGUGUAAUAAGCCACAAAAAAGUAUUGUACUUAAAUCUGUUAUGUAGUUAUUUUUAACAGCAGAAAGCCGUUUGUUUUCUUAUACCAAUGAAUCUCAAACUAUAUCAAACUUGCACCCUGUAAUCUACCAGUAUCCGCCAUGUGUAUUUUGUACUGAAAUAAACCAAAUACCUUUUGUACACGUUACACUUUUUAUACAUUAUUACUCAAAUCUUGAGUUUUUGCUCAGAAUGUGUCAGAAUGAAAUAGGGCAGCGGGCUGUCUGGACACACUCAACUUUUUGUACUUGACUAUUUCUCAUCAACAGUAUUGGUGAACGCUCGGUGACAGGAAAGUAGCCAGAGGAAAGCAGUUUGGCCGAGGUCAAAUAUGAUUUUUUUUAAACUGAUGAAUGAGAAAAGAAAGGAGCAUGUAAAUGUACAGAUCAAUAAAAGACUGCUUGAAUUGGGAUUGUGACAAUUCAAUCUACUCAAA